ACUAUUUUUAAGAUUUAUUUUUAAGAAUGUGUGAGGCGAGGGAUACGUGCCCAUGAGGUCAGGUGUCAAAUCGCCUGAAGCUGUAGUUACAGGCAUUGGUGAGCUGUUCAGUGUGGGUGCUGGCACAUUGAUCUGAGGGCUGGUAUUACAAGCCCAUGCACCUCUUCACACUCACCUAGUUUAUGGGGUACUGGGAAUUUGAACCCAGGGCUUUGUGAAUGCUAGCCAACCUCUCCACCCACUGAGCUGCGUUGUGUGUUGUGUGUGCAUAGACAAGGACUCUAUUGCCCAGACUGGCCUCCUGAGCUCCUGCUUUAGAUUCCUGAGUGUUGGGAUUACAGUGCAUAUCACUGUUACUGGCCUGGAAUUCUUUUUUAAUUCUUUUCUUGAGUAAAUAUAUAUUGAGUACCUGUUGUGUACCACAUUUGGAACAUAGUGGUGGUACACAAAAUCAGACAUGUCUGGUUUUUGUUCUAAGAGAGCUACAAUUCAAUAUAGGAGACUAACAUUAAAUAAAUAAAACCUAAUAGAGAAAUAAUGAUUCCUGUGAAACUUCUGCAUGGUGAUGUUCAUUCUUAAAAGAGGAUUCUGGGCCGUCAAGGUGGCUUAUCAGGAAAAGAUGUCAGAGCAAGAAGAGAAUGGCUUGUUUGAAAUGCCAGAUUAUGAACAUGUAGAAGAUGAAAUUUUUCCUCCCUUCCCACCUCCAGCCUCUCCUGAGAGAGAUCCUGUAGAAGCUGAACCUGAUGAAGAAUCGGGGAGUGGAGCACCUGUUCCUGUACCGCCAAAGAGAACAGUUAAAAGGAAUCUACCCAAGCUAGAUGCUACUAGAUUAACUUCAGAGAGAGGGCUUCCAGCCUUAAGGCAUGUGUUUGAUAACACAAAAUUCAAGGGGAAGGGUCAUGAGGCUGAAGACUUGAAAACGCUAAUCAGACACAUGGAGCACUGGGCGCAUAGGCUAUUCCCCAAGCUGCAAUUUGAAGAUUUUAUUGACAGAGUUGAAAACCUAGGAAAUAAAAAGGAGGUUCAGACUUGUUUAAAACGAAUUCGACUUGAUCUUCCUAUUGUACAUGAAGAUUUUGUUAACAAUAAUGAUGAAGUUGAAGAAACUAAUCCCCUUGAUGUAACUGCUGCUGGAUUUGAUCCCUUCUUGACAAACUCAUCUGACAGCAAGAAGUUUGCUUCUGAAUCAAGUAGAAGCCUAACAGAAGAGCAGCAACAGAGGAUUGAGAGAAAUAAACAGCUGGCCUUGGAAAGAAGGCAGGCAAAGCUACUGAGUAAUAGCCAGUCCCUAGAAAAUGAUGAGUUAAUGAGUACAUCCUGGGCACAGCCAGUUGAAGAGAGCAGUACUUCAAGAGCAGUUGGUGAGGAGCAAGAAGAGUCAGGUGGAUUAAACACAGACGCUGCAGAUGGUCCACAUGAUGUUCCUUCUGCCAAUACAGAUGAAGAGGAACAGCUCAAAGCAGAGGACAAACAGCUGAACCAUACUAACUUAGACUAAUCCAGACAUGUUCCAAGUAACCAGGCUUCCACAACAGAAUCCUGCAAAUUUGGGGUUAUUUGUAAAUUUUUCUACUUUGUGUAAGUCUCUUAAGUCAUAAGACUUCUAUGGAUUCCUGCUUAAAAUACAAUGACUAUUUAUAAUUGUUUCCUACUUACUUUAGUAAGUCUAUUUAUUAUUUUUGGUAUUCUGUAUAAAUUUGACUUUAUAAGCUAUUUCUAGUUUACACUGAAUUCUUUCUCACUAAAUUGGGUAAUGUUUUAAAAUGUAAAUAUGCACUGACUAUUAAGGUCUGUUUUUAUAAAGAAAUAAAUGUAUUUUGCAAACAA